AUGAGAUAUUGUUGGGCUAUUUCAGAUCUCGAGCCAUUCCAAGUAGUUCUUUUGGCGAUCGCUGGUGCGUUCACCUUUGUUGUAUGCAGUUUGGCACUAGUCCACUGGUACUACGUAUACUCCUUCGUUUCUGUCGAAACAAGAAGGAAUAAGUUGUACUGGCUCAUCACACUCUUUCCGGUGUCGACCGCCUGUUGCCUCGUCGGCAUGCUGGCGCCGCGCACGUCGCUGAUCAUGACAGCGCUCGGCAUCCUCUACUACCUGAUGUGCCUCUUCGUCAUCGUGUCGCUCUGCAGGCGAGUGAAACCCACGCAUUUAUUCGGUGGACGAUCGUCGCUCUCCAACAGCCUGCGUUUCGAUGCGAGACCAAUUGACUUCCGAAGCCCGCCAUUCUGCUGCUUACUGCCUUACCUCCCUACUGCCAAAUCGUCAGAAAAGAAUAUUCGACGUCUGGAAUGGCUAGUUUUACAAGCGCCAGUGGUCCGUGCUCUCAUCAUCGUCAGCGACAUCAUCGCUGUGGCUGAGAUGAGAGAAGCGGCCAAGACUUUUCUACGGUAUUCUGACAUUUUCUCGGUUGGUUCAUUGUUGCUUGCCAUUUUUGGCGUCCACACGUUGGCAAGAGUGACGUCGAAUAAGCUUUCCGACUACUGCUUCAUGACGGUGUUCCGCUUCGUUGAUGUGUCGCUGCUCUUCUUCACAGCUCAACAGCCGAUGCUUUUCCAAAACAUUCUCGUGCGGUUUGAUCUCAUCAAAUGUGGACCUUUGCUUACUGCGCAAGAAAACGCAACUUUUGUUUGCAACUUUGUCAUCAUCUGCGAGAUGUUCGUAUUGAGUCUACUGGCCACAGUAUUGCUGGCUCCUAGAAAGAAUGCGAUGUUUGAUAACUACCGUAUGCUGAAGACACCAACGUCGCUUCACGACUCUGACGAAUCCGAAAACAUGGCCGGCAGUGACAUCUUGCAAUUUAGCGGUCACCUGUAA